AUGUCAAACACGAUGGAACAACCCACUGACGCGGAGCUCCGAGCUCUACUCGCUCAGCUGGAGCUCCCUGAGAAGUUGGCAAUGCUGGCUGGCCGCAGCGCCUGGGAGACGCACGCCAUAGACCGUCUAGCCAUCCCUUCUUUGAGAGUCAGCGAUGGCCCGAACGGAGCACGUGGCAGCGACUUCUUUAACGGAAAAACUGCCGCUUGCUUUCCGGCCUGUGUAUCUAUUGCCGCCACCUUCAACCAGGCGUUAACUCGCCGGGUUGGCAAAGCUUUGGGCCAGGAAACUCAGACCAAGGGUUCUUAUGUUCUCCUUGGUCCCACUGUAUGCCCUCACCGUUCGCCCCUCGGUGGGCGCAACUUUGAGUCUUUCUCCGAGGACCCGCUCUUGACUGGCUUGAUGGCGUCUGAAUACGUCAAAGGUCUUCAGAGUGAACGAGUGGGCGCGACGGUGAAACAUUUCGCUGUGAAUGAGCAAGAUACAAAGCGCUUUACAGUCAAUGAGACAGUCUCUGAGAGGGCACUUCGCGAGAUUUACCUUCGUCCAUUCGAAAUCACAGUCAAGAAUUCCGACCCUUGGUGUAUCAUGACAUCAUACCCCAAGGUCAACGGCGCCUACAUUGACGCGCAGCCCACGUUUAUUCAGAAUAUUCUCCGUGGCGAAUGGGGUUUUAAGGGCCUGGUAAUGAGCGACUGGGGUGCUGUCUCGAAUUCUUUUGACAGCAUCAAGUACGGCCUCGAUCUCGAAAUGCCCGGUCCCACGUAUCGCCGAGGCAUUGAGACUCUCGCAAAGGGAAUUCAAGACGGCCUACUUGACAUUAAAUCGGUUGAUGAUAGAGUCGUUGCGGUCCUCAAGCUACUGCAGAGAACUGGCAAGUUCGCCGACCGUCGAGAGGCCGUGACAGAAGAAGCUGUCAACACGCCCGAGCACCGAGCGCUUAUCAGAGAGGCGGGAGGAGAAGGUAUCGUCCUCCUCAAGAAUGCGGAGAACAUUCUUCCCAUCAACCCUAAAAAGGCCCGCAAAAUUGCCCUACUUGGUCCCCUAGCCAAGACUGCGGCGGCUCACGGUGGUGGAAGUGCUUCCCUCAGCUGCCAUUAUAAGAUUAGCCCCUAUGAUGCUUUCAAGGAGAGACUUGGCUCCGAUGUCGAAAUCACUUCCGCAAAGGGCGCCCACAUCUUCCGAGCAUAUCCUGACAUCGAGAAUGGCCUUGUCUGCGAUGAUGGCGCUGGCUUCACUGCAACCUUUUUCAACUCUGCAGACUUCUCCGGCACUCCUUUUUACACCAAGCUCUUCCCUGUUGGCAAUCUAAUCAGCAUCAUGGAUGAACAGGCUGUCGGAGCAAAGGCAAUUCGUUUCAGCACGACGUAUCAUCCUCCUCGGUCCGGAAACCAUUAUCUCAGCUUCUCUGGCAUUGGGCCGUCGAAGUUGUACAUUGACAAGGUUCUCGUCCACGACCAACUUAACCAAACGAAGGACUCGAUGGAUUACUUCCUUGGUGUGCAAGAAGAAGCCCGCUUCCAAUUUGCGUUUGACUCGACCAAGAAGUAUGACAUCGUCAUCGAGACCAUCCAACCACCGGUCGGAAACUGUGACCUCUAUUUGAUGGCAAACACAAUAGGAGCUCAUCUAGGAUUUAUUGACCAAGCUGAGAUGGAGACUGAUCUCCUAGCGGAAGCGGUCGAACUUGCAAAGGACGCAGACCUUGCCAUCUGCUUCGUCGGCAACUCAACACAAUGGGAGACAGAAGGACAGGACAUGGCCGCCAUGGUGCUUCCCUCAAACGGUUCGCAAGACGCACUUAUUGCUGGCGUAGCAGCUGUCAAUGCCAACACAAUCGUGGUCAACACUACCGGUGUCGCAGUUGAGAUGCCCUGGCUUGACAAAGUCCCGGCAGUCCUCCAGGCUUGGUACGCCGGCCAGGAGACCGGAAACGCUGUCCUGGACGUGUUGCUGGGAGAAGUAAACCCGAGCGGCAAGCUCCCCAUUUCAUGGCCCCGGAAGUACGAGCACACUGCGUGCUAUGGCAAUUUUGGGCUUGACAGCUAUGACAGCUUGCAGGUAGAGUACGUCGAGGGUGUCAAUGUCGGCUACCGCCACUUUGACCAGCAGUAUGGCACUGAGAAGGAAGUCCUCUUCCCCUUCGGGUACGGCCUGAGCUACACGUCGUUCGAGCUUAGCGAUGCAACCAUCUCGGGCAACCUCAGCGGAGCAUCAGAUGUCGUCACUGUUUCUGUAUCGGUGACAAACACUGGCUCCAGGGCCGGUGCAGAAACAGUGCAAGUCUAUGUCGCGCCGCCAAAAACAGACUCUGCAAGUGGCAGACCGCCCAAGGCCCUCGUGGCAUUUUCCAAGGUCCUCCUACAGCCAGGAGAGUCGAAGACGGUCUCAGCCACGUUUGGUCGAGAUUGUGUAGCGUAUUGGGAUGACCAAAGCAAAGAUACUGGAAACCAAUGGUGGGUCGACGCAGGUCCGCACGAAGUCCUGAUCGCAACAAGUUCUAGACCAGCAGACGUUAAGGCAAGUUUGGUGCUUGAAAUCGCUGAAGGUUUUCAUUUUGCACCUUAA